AAAGUCCGAUGCUUAUAAUACUAUUCGUGUUCCAAUGCAUGGAUGACGAAUGGUUGCUUUUGCUUGUUCAGUUUCAUUUACUUCAACACCCAAAUCUAUAAAAAUGAAUGGGAAGCAGAAAAUGACGUAAGAAGAGAAACGGUCCCAAACAAAAUCUCCAUUGAAAAGAGAGAUACGGAUAAUAAUAAUAGUUACCCCUCUCAGAAACUGCCUUCUUCCCUCUAUUUCCAUUUGUCAUCGUCUUUAGCUUUCCCUUUCCUUUCUGUGUGUAUAUAUAUGUAUAUAAUCCAUUGAAACAAUCCCUACCCACAUACAGAUUUUAUUCUUUUCAUUUGAUCAAGAAGCUGAAGCCUGAAGAGAGUGAUCAAUGUCUUCAGGAGCAUUUGCAAGAGGAGCACACUCCAUGUUCUCCAAGCCAGGAAUGGUUCGAAAAGCCUGCUACAGGAAAAACACAACCAGCACUAGCAGUGGAGAUAAUACACUGAGAGGAAACAGAGAUGGUGAGGAAACGAAGAUGAUGAAGAAUAGCCAUGUUGGAGAUGGAAAUGGAAUGAGUUGCAGUUGGGUUCCAGAUGAGAGGACUGGUAUUUACUAUCCAAAGGGACAAGAGAAAGUCAUGGAUGACAUUCCUCAAGGAGCUUCAAAGGAUUUUGACGCUGUUAAUUACUUCUCACAUAAUUAAUCAUUCACUAAUAAUAAGGAUAUAUAUGAUGCUUUUGUCUAGCCUCUAGCUAGUCCAAAUACAUGUUUUGUUCUUAUAAAAGGAAAAAGAAAAGAAAAAUAAUAACUAGACAUAUAUAUAAAAUAAUUAAUUUGAGUUGUUCAAUAAAUGCUUAUAAAAAAUUAAUUUAUGAAAAUUAUUUUCCUGGAGAAAAACUUAUCUAGACCGGAUUCAGAGCCGGAUUAAACCAAUGAAAUGAAGUAUUUUUAUUAAAUAGGGGUAUGUCUAACAAUAUACUUGAAAAAAAUAUAUAAAAUAGGAACACCUUUUAAAGAAUUCUUAAUUUAAAUGGUUUGGUCCAUAAGUGAAGUCAUGGAUCCAGUCUGGUCAAGUAUUUUUCACAAUGAGUGUAUGAUGGUCCUAUACAUCAAGCCAAUAAAAAAAAAAAUUUUUUUAAA